UUCUUUAUUGAUAAAGUAAAAUGUGUCAACAGGUGGGAUAUAGACAUAAUCAAUCAUUAACAUUAUGUAACAAUUUGUAAGAGGUCAAAGGUAAUAACAUAUCGACGAGUCAAAACAUGAAAAUGACCUGUGGAUAAACGACUUUGUCAUAAGGUCAAAAUUACAUCGUAAACAAAAUGGACAACCCGAUCAUGGAUGUAUCUCAAGUGACAAUUACAAAGAUGCAGAAAUUAGUACGAGCAGAGAUGUAUGGAAGAAGGCAACUGACUGUUCUUAAUGUUAGACUGAAUGAAAUAAACAAAAGACUUAAAAUUUGCAAAGACAGGGGAGUUAAUUCACAUCUGUAUGUAUUAAAACAACGACGGAAAGUGACAGAAAACGUGAGAAAUAUGUAUGGUAUCUAUGUCAGGAGGAAAAUGACGGCAGUUGCUAGAAUGAUUAUAUCUAACUUUUCAAAUUCAGUAUUUGAAUCCAGCAAUACUAGUUCAGACUCACAAAAUAAUGACGAAACAGAAAAUUUAAAUGUUCCUCGAAAUGAUGACGCCGAUGUAAACACUUCCGAGGACAGCAACCUAUCUAUUGACAAUACAUCUAAUAACACUGAAUCAGCGCAAGAAGAGAUUACUGUGAAUGUUAACAGUGAUCAGACAGGGCAGGACCAAGAUUCUGUACAUGUUAACAGCGAUGAGACACAGCACCUACAUUAUGUGAGUGCUAACAGUGAUCAGACGGGCCAGCACCAACAAACUGAUGAUACGGAAGCUUCGAAUCAGAACAUAUUGACUUCCAGUGAAUAAUUCCAUCAGUGUAACUUUUUAUUGUCAUAAUUCAUGCUCUAACAUGGACGACAAAUGCAAUUGAAAACAGUUUUUUUUUUACAGUUUUUAUUAUUACUAAUUUUUUUUAUUCAAACUCUCUAUGGUUUUAUAUUCGAUUCCGGUGACAAUACAAUAAGUGGUGUUAACCUUUCCUUUCAAAUUGUACUUUCCGAGUCUGUGGUCCAUCUGAUCUCCUUGAUUGACUCGUCCAUUCAAGAGAUAAACAAAUUUGGUGAUCGGAGACGAGCCAAAUAUAACGACUGGGUUAUUUAGGUUAUCUGCGGGGAAGUUAUUGAUUAUAUUAUUUAUCUCUUGAGAGUUGAAAAUAAAAAAGGAAGAAAGAAAAAAAAUUAUGACUUGAAAUCCACUCCCCCUCCCCGGGUUAUUGCCAUCCCCGAUAAACAUAUAUCUGUUCAAGACUGUUAAAGUAGAAAUUAUUUUGUCAAAAUACACCCCACCACCCCUUACACAUCCUGACUGACAGAUUAAGUUAAUAAGUUCCCGAUGUGAAAUCACUGUCAGACUAUUUUUAUUUACUUCAUGUGACUUGUCUGCUUUGAACAGCCGAACCAGUCCCAUCCAAUGCCAAACUAAGGCAUAUAUUACAUGGUCCAUUAUGAGUUAUUUAAACGCCCAUUUAUAUUUUAAAUUAAGCAGUUAAAUCAACGAUUUGAAUACAAAAUCAUUGGUUUAACAUAUAUUUGAAAAAUAUCAAUAAUCAGGGACUAUUACAGAAAGUUAGUAUAAUAUUCUCAGUUAUGAUUAAAGUUAUUUAUAGUUAAUACCAUAUAUAUCGAAAUUAACCAAUGACCUCUUACCUUAAAUGAGUCAGAGGAGUCAUUCAUUUUGAGUCACAGAAAAUUCUAUAAAUUAACAUUUUGUUCAUAUUACCCUUUUAAAGUUAUACAUUUUAUAUUGUUGUUGUUAUAUCUUUGUUAUCUGUAUACAUGUCAUGUUAUUUAUAGAACUGAUUAAAUAUAGUACCACUUUUA